AUGGCGCCCAAAAAAGAUGCCCUCGAGGUUAACCCUCCCCGUAAGGCUGCGCGGUCCCCGAGUCGCUCCCCCAAGCCGAACAAUCGCAAGAAGGCACCAGCACCAGCUUCGAGUUAUGCAUCAGAUGGUGUUAUGAAUAUCAAUAUUUUUCAGCUUCCCUCGGCGGAUUACAGAAUCCUUGCGUUUCUCACCUUGGUUGCCGCGAUUGUUCGUUUAUUUAGAAUCUACCAGCCGACCAGUGUCGUUUUCGAUGAAGUCCAUUUCGGCGGUUUCGCGACCAAAUACAUCAAGGGCCGAUUCUUCAUGGACGUCCACCCUCCGUUGGCCAAACUCCUAAUCACACUCGCGGGCUGGCUUGCUGGGUUUGAUGGAAGCUUUGAUUUCAAGGAGAUUGGAAAGGACUAUCUUGAACCGAAUGUGCCAUAUGUUGCCAUGCGACUGCUUCCCGCUAUUCUGGGUGUGCUUACAGUGCCCCUGAUGUUCUUGACCUUGAAGGCGAGUGGAUGUCGGACCUCGUCCGCCAUAAUGGGAGCCGGAGCCGUCAUCUUUGAAAACGGAUUGACCACCCAAUCGCGCUUGAUUCUUCUCGAUUCGCCGCUUGUGUUUUUCACCGCUCUCACAGCUCUGUCGUUCACAUGCUUCACUAACCAGCAGGAGUUGGGACCGUCGGGAGCUUUUGGUGCAGCAUGGUGGUUUUGGUUGGCCGCAACAGGCUUGUGUUUGGGUGCUACUCUGAGUGUCAAAUGGGUUGGACUUUUCACAGUCGCUUGGGUCGGAUCCAUUACCAUUCUCCAACUUUGGGUGCUUCUCGGUGACUCGAAAAAUGUCACACCGCGUCUUUGGUUCAAGCACUUCUUCGCGCGAGUCUUUUGUCUCAUCAUCAUUCCCGUCGGUUUUUACUGUGGAAUGUUUGCGAUCCAUUUCAUGUGCCUAGUAAACCCUGGUGAUGGCGACGGGUUCAUGUCCUCCGAGUUCCAAGCAACGCUGAAUUCCAAGGCUAUGCAAGCUGUUCCUGCGGAUGUUGCUUUUGGAUCCCGCGUCAGCAUCCGUCAUCUUAACACUCAAGGUGGCUACAUUCAUUCCCACAAUCACAUGUUCCCCACAGGAAGCAAGCAGCAGCAGAUUACUCUCUACCCCCACAAGGACGAAAAUAAUCUCUUCCUCCUUGAAAAUCAGACCCAGCCUCUCGGUCCCUAUGGGGAAGUGGCCGGCCCGCUUGCUUGGGACAAUAUGACCGCUGAGUACAUUGAAGACGGCGCCGUUAUCAAACUUUACCACACGAUGACUCACAGGAGGCUUCACUCGCACGAUGAGCGACCUCCUGUCUCUGAUGUUGAUUGGCAAUUCGAGGUAUCGGCUUAUGGGUACGAGGGCUUCGCCGGUGACGCAAACGAUCUUUUCAAGGUUGAGAUCGUCAAGUCGAUGUCCGAUGGAGAAGAGGCAAAGAAAAGGCUGCGAACAAUUCAGACGAAAUUCCGACUGGUCCAUAUCAUGACCGGAUGUGUUUUGUUUUCGCACAAGGUUAAGCUUCCUGAAUGGGGAUUUGAUCAGCAGGAAGUGACUUGCGCAAGAGGCGGCACCCUUCCUAACAGCGUGUGGUACAUUGAGUCAAAUGCUCAUCCAGCGCUCCCUGCAGACACCGAAAAGGUUACUUAUGUGCACCCUGGAUUCUUGGGUAAAUUCUGGGAACUCCAGAAGGUUAUGUGGACAACAAACGCUGGUUUGGUCGAAUCUCACGCUUGGGAUUCUCGCCCGCCAUCAUGGCCAACGCUACUGCGCGGUAUUAACUUCUGGGGCAGGGAUCACCGUCAGGUGUACCUCCUCGGCAAUCCGUUCAUCUGGUGGUCAUCUACAGUGGCAAUCGCCGUGUACUUUGUUUUCAAAGGCAUUUCUAUUAUUCGGUGGCAACGAAACUGUGGUGACUAUAAGAAUGUCAACUUCAAGCGUUUUGACUACGAAGUUGGAACCAGUGUGCUUGGGUGGUUCUUCCACUAUUUCCCUUUCUUCUUGAUGGCUCGUCAGCUGUUCCUGCACCAUUACUUCCCUGCCCUUUACUUUGCUGUCAUGACGCUCUGCCAGGAAUUUGAUUUCUUGACAAACCGUAUCCAGAAGCUCGGGUUGCCAUCCAAACCUAUUAUUGGUAAAGCCUUGAUGGCAGGAUUCCUUGCCAUGAGCAUCUUCACGUUUACCCUUUACUCCCCACUUAUUUACGGCAACCCCUGGACACGGGAUGCUUGCAACAAGGUGAAGCUUUUGAACUCCUGGGACUUCGAUUGCAACACUUUCUACACCGACCUCGACCAAUAUACAACAAAGUUCAUGAACUCCGGCCAACCUAUCCCCACGACACAAGUACAGGCACCCCCUGUACAGGCCCCUCCUGUUCAGCCCCCUCCUGUGCAACAGGAGCCUGUACGUGAGGAGCCUGUGCAAGAGAUUCCCAAGGAUGGUGAAGAGCAACAGGCUAGUGUCACCCCCGAGCCUGAACGUAUCCUCCGCAGUAAAAAGGCACGAGUGGAAUACCGUGAUCAAAACGGAAAGAUUUUGGAUGAGGAAAUGGUUGCUUCUCUUGCGAAGGAUGGAAAAAUUCAGUUCGAAACCAGAUAUGAGACCCGAUCCCGCUUGGCAAAUGGUCAUGAGGUGGACGUGGUCGACGGUAAAGUUGCGCCGCCGCACCCUGAUGUAGAAGGCCAAGACCCGGAGACCGCAGACAAUGAAGAAAGACCUGUCGACCCAGCUUCUGUGGCCGGAGGCGAGAGCUUGGUGGAGGAACAAAACUCUCCUGAGCCCAAACCAGCCAGUGAGGGCAAUGAAGCAACUCAACACUAA